GACGUCACGCCCACUGACAGGCAAGAUGGCGUCGGCAGCGGCUCGCUUCGUCCUGGGCUCCGCUCGGGUUGGCGUCCCGAAGACUACGGGGGUUUUCAGGCAGAAAACAAGCAGCGCGACCCCCGUGGCUCUCGCCCGUACCGCCGUGACCACGUCCUCGGGAGCUAUUUUACCCAAGCCGGUGAAGAUCUCCUUCGGCCUGGUGCGGAUCUCUGUGAUUGUCGUUCCCUUCCUGUAUGUGGGAACCCUGAUCAGCAAGAACUUCGCCGCCCUGCUGGAGGAGCACGACAUCUUCGUCCCUGAGGAUGACGAUGAUGAUGACUGAGCCUGCAGGAGAGGCUGUGCUGGCGGUACCCAGAGAGAGAGACAGGACAGACACUACAGACAGAGACCCCCCGAAGACAGCAUGAUCUGAAAGAAGACCGGAGCAGAAACGGGGGUCAACAACAACCCCUCAUCACACCUCUCUCUCUGUCCCCCCGCACUGUCCACUUCCUGUCCCUCCUCCUGCUGUGCGAUUCCAGAGUGUGUGUGGGCAGCGCCAGACUCUAAUCAAUACCUCACUCCAGUCUGCAUGUACAUAGCAACGAGAUUAUUCAAUAAUAAAAUAUUGUCUAAGUCUU